AUGCGGCUGCGCUCGGGGGUGUUCGCCUCCUCCUGCCUCCUCGUGCAGGCCCUGGGCGUCGCGCUGUUCCUCCGCGGCUUCUUCCCGGUGCCCGUCAGGUCUCUGCCCCGCAGAGAGGCCCGUGCGGACUCUCCCGCCGAGCCGGCCCCGCCCGGCCCAGGAGUGGUUUCCAACUGGACCAAGAUUCCUGCACCGCUUUUCAAUAAAGUUGUCAUUGUGCUGAUAGAUGCUUUGAGAGAUGACUUUGUGUUUGGAUCCAAAGGGAAACAGUUCAUGCCAUAUACUACGCAAGUUGUUGAAAAAGGGACUUCCUACAGCUUCAUUGCUGAAGCAAAGCCACCUACUGUGACUAUGCCUCGAAUUAAGGCUUUGAUGACAGGUAGCAUACCUGGUUUCAUUGAUGUUGUUGUGAACCUCAAUUCUCCAGCUCUGUUAGAUGACAAUCUGAUAUGGCAGGCAAAAGCAGCUGGGAAAAGAAUAAUCUUUUAUGGUGAUGAUACAUGGGUUAAAUUGUUCCCAAAGCACUUCAUGGAAUAUGAUGGAACUACAUCGUUUUUUGUGUCAGACUUUACAGAGGUUGAUGACAAUGUUACCAGGCAUUUGGAUAGAGUGCUAAAGAGAGAAGACUGGGAUAUCCUAAUACUACAUUACCUGGGAUUGGACCAUAUUGGACAUAUUAGUGGGCCAAACAGCCCAUUAGUGGGACCAAAACUUCGUGAAAUGGAUAACAUACUGAAGAAGAUUCAUAUUUCUCUUCUUUCAAAGGAAGAAGCUUCUUUGCCCAAUUUGCUAGUUGUGUGUGGGGAUCACGGGAUGUCUGAAACGGGCAGUCAUGGUGGUUCUUCAGAAGGAGAAGUGCACACACCUCUUCUGUUUAUCAGCUCUGCUUUUGAAAAGAGAAGUGGUCCUCUAACCCAGCCUGAACGUGUGCAACAAACAGAUUUAGCCAGCACACUGGCAGUAGGUCUUGGUCUGCCAAUUUCAAGAAAUAGUGUUGGGAACCUUAUACUGCCAGUUGUUGGAGGCAAGACAAUGAGAGAACAACUACGUUUUGUGCACUUGAAUGGGUUCCAGCUUAGCAGGUUGCUGCAAGAGAAUACACCUGCAUAUGAAAAAGAUCCUGGAUAUGAACAUUUUAAGAUAGCAGAAAAAUCCCACGGUAAUUGGAUCAAACUGUAUUUAGAGGGGAAUAAUUCAGAAAUACUCUUAAAUCUUGGCAAAAAGGUCCUGAAGCAAUACUUGGAGGCCCUCAAGACUCUGAGUUCUUCACUAAGCAAACAAGUGGCACAAUAUGACAUGUAUUCGAUGAUGGUGGGGACUGUGAUCAUUAUGGAGGUUCUGCUGCUGCUUUUGCUCAGUGUUCCAAAAGCCCUGAGCAAGCGGGCAGAAUUUGAAGUGCCCCUCUCCCCUCCACUAUUCUCUCUGCUGUUUUAUUUGAUGUGUCUGAUGCUGUGUGCAGUUCAUGUCAUUGUGUGCACGUCGGCAGAAAGUUUGUGCUAUUUCUGCAGUAUGUCCUGGCUAACAGCAGUUGGAGUGAUGAUGCUGAUUUCCGCACUCAUGUGCGCUAUUUUAUCUGCUAUUGCAAAGAUCUUUGAGAAUUCCCGACUUCCACUGAAGAAUCCAGCUGUGUCCAGUUCUAGUUGGUCAGAAAUAGAUGUGCUGAUUCUGGCUGGAACGAUUGGCCAUGUUUUGAGUUUGGGGGCAAGCAGUUUCAUAGAAGAGGAACAUCAAACUUGGUAUUUUCUUAUCAAUACGCUUUGUUUGGUGCUGUGUCAGGAGCUUUGUAGAAAUAAUUUUCUUCUAAAGGAAUGUGACCCUAAACAUAGCACCAAUAUGAAGCAAAAUUUUGAUAGUCUUGGGGAAACCUCUGAUUGCAAGAAUAUAGACAUUCCAGCAGCAGAUAGUUCAAAAUUGGACAAGGCCACAUCUUCAUCUGAAUUCAUGAAAGGAUCACACAAGUGGAUAAGCUUAGCAACUCCAUGGAUCAUCCUUAUUUGCUGUCGGCUGCUUCGAUCCUUGAAUCAGACAGGUGUCCAGUGGGCUCAUCGGCCAGACUUUGGACAUUGGUUGACAAGCUCUGAACAUAAACCUGAACUCUCCCUCUUGGCUGCAGUCUCCCUACUUAUGAUCUUCUUUCUGGUUCAAAGGAGAUGCUCCCUGGUUUCAAAAAUUGCUAUGGCACUCGGGCUCCUGGGAGUCUACAGUUACCGGGCAGCUGUUGGAAAUGUCAUAUUUCCAUGGCAACAUGGUGGCAAAGAUAUUUCAAAGGGGAUCACUGAAGCUCGUUUUGUUUAUGUCUUUGUUCUUGGCAUAGUCUUCACUGGCACUAAAGAUUUACUAAAGUCACAGGUUAUUUCUGCAGACUCCAGCAUGAAGAGCACAGGAUUAUGGGAAGUAUAUAGCGGAUUGGUUCUGCUAGCAGCCCUUCUAUUUAGACCUCACAAUUUACCAGUCUUGGUGUUUUGCCUGCUGAUUCAGACAAUGAUGACAAAAUACAUUUGGAGACCUUUGAAAUUUGAUGCGGCACAGAUUACUAUUAUGCACUACUGGUUUGGCCAAGCUUUCUUCUAUUUUCAGGGAAAUUCGAAUGGCAUUGCUACUGUGGAUGUUUCAGCAGGUUUUGUGGGACUAGAAAGCUAUGUGGAGAUACCAGCUAUCUUCCUUACGGCGUUUGCAACAUAUGCAGGACCUUUUCUUUGGGCCAUUCAUCUGCUGUGCUACUUAAGUUCUGAAGUUAGCAGUGGCAGGAGUAAUUUGAGGAGAGAGCUGUUAUUUUAGUUGUCACAAGUUUAAAAAUAGUUACUGUAAUGGAAAAAUAGAAGAAAGAAUUGACUCUGCCCUCAGUGCAGAAGAGUGAGCAUUGCUUCACAGAAUAAUAGAACAACCCAGCUUGAAAACACCCGCAAAAGAUCAUCUGGUUCAACCUUUCAUGGGAAAGGGAGAGCCUCCAUGAGAUCAUCUAGCAUCCUCUCCAGUCUCAUGUUGAAAAUCUGCAGUGAUGGGGAUGCUACCACAUCCCUGGAAAGAUUGUUUCCAUGAUUGAUUGUUCUCACCAUAAAACAUGUGUUGCUUAUACUGAGAUGAAACCUCUGCUGGUGCAACUUGUACUCAUUGCCUCUUGUCUUCUCCGCAUAUUACCUGGUGAAGAGAGCACCUCCAUCCUCCUUGUAGCCACAUUUACGUACUUCAGUACUGGAAUGCUGUGACAAAGUCUCCUUGAGCCUUCUCCAUGGAGAAGAAACCUAACUCCUACAGUCUUACUUUGCAGAGCCCUUUGAUCCUCUCCAGUCCUCCUUCAGACCCUUUCCAGUCUGUCCAUGUCUUUUUGGAGUGGUGGGGGCCAAAACUGAACAUUGUACAAUGAACAUACUUGUCAGGUAUGGCCUGACAAGCCCCGAGUGGGAUGAUCACAUCUCUCCCUGCUAGUAAUGCCCCUGAAAAUGCAGCCCAGACUGAUUCACGUGUUGCUGCAGUAGUGCUCUGCUGAUUCAUUUUUGACUUGUUGACUGACACCCCCAGCUCCCUUUCAGCAACACUGUUCCUGAGCCACAUGUAGCCUAACCUGUGCUGGGCUCUUUGGUUAUCCUGGGCUGGGUGCAGAACUUUGCGCUUGUCUUUGCUAAACUUCAUGCAGGUCUUGAUAGCCCACUCCUCCAGCCUGUUCAGAUGUCUCCCUUCUGACGCGUCCACCUCACCAUCCAGUUUAGUGUCAUCAGCACGUUGGUGAGGGUGCUUUCAAUCAUCCUACCAUCUAGAUCAUUUAUGAAAAUGUUGAACAGUUUGAGGCUCAGUAUCAAUCACUGGGGGACCCUACUUGUUACUGGCUGCCAGCCUGAGUAAAAAAUAUUGAUCACCACCCUCUGUGGCGUUGUUGGCCAAUUUCCUGUCCAUACUUGAAUAAUUUGUGCUUCACCUUUCUAGAAACGCGUUGUAUCACUGUUGACGUGUCCUGUUAGACUGGCGUAUUUUAAACUGAUAAAUUUUGAAAUUAAUUGAAAGACUUGAUAACAGUCUGUGUUAAAUUUGUUCAGACCCUGCCUGUCAAGAACAAUUGCCGGAUGCAAUUUUUCUUUACACCUUUGGCUAAGAUGAUGAAGAAUAACUGUUUACAAAGAUGGGCAAGGAGCCCGCAGAUGCAGCUUAACAGAAAAUUGAGCUAUAAAUGUCAUUGUUACUCCUUGCAUGUAUGAUGCCAAUGUAAAGUGGUUCAGGUUUUUUUCUACUGGAAGCCUUCCGAAAUGUUAACUGAAUUUUGGAAGAAUAUUGCAGAAAAUGGGAAUAACUAUGAUUUGAAAUACUUACUAUUUGUGUUUUGCUUGUUAGGAAUUUUGAUGAUUUAGUUAUAUCUUGUUGCAUUAAAUUCUGGGCUGGUGUCAACAGGAAUAGACUGAUUCUACUUCUUUUUUUCUUGGAUCUGAACAGAAUAACACAUGCUAAGGAUAACCUGAAGAGAAACUUUGGGGAAUUCUUGGAGCCAUGAUAACAGGCAGGAACAGUCACUGCAUAUAUACCAGCGUGGGUCACCACAGAAGUAGUGAGGAAAAACAUAUCAAGCAUAGCACUUGGGAUUUCAUGCAAAUCCUGUGUUUGAAGAAUGGCUGGAAAUCAGAAAUAACAAUCAUAGCUUACAUGGAGAAAACUAGUUUCCUGAAUCAAAGGUACCUACUGAAAAAGAGUAGCUUCUUAUGAAGAAAUCUAGAGAUUGCAUGGCCAUGUUGCCUAGAGUGCAGUUUAGUUAUUUCUUUGUCUGCAGUCCUGAAAAAGACUCAAGAUGUUUGAGCCUGUGAACUGUUUUCUCAUUUCUUUAAAGGAAGGUGAAGACCAAUCAAGUAAAGCUGAAAAGCAGAGUUUCCAGUACUUUUAAAGGUGAUUGCCACAGGAUCAGUAUUUGGAGAAAUGAGCACAUUUCCAGGAGUUUUAGAAGCCUUUACUAAACGUGCAGUUGUUUUCUUACCUGAGCUAUUAAAUAAUGAUAGCAGACAUUCAGAGUGGCUGUUCAGACCUUCCGGCCCAAUGCCAGCGUAAUUGGAUUUCUACUUACAGUCUAAUAUAAAUCUUUGAUAGGUAUGCAAUUUAGGGGAGUUCAUUCAGAAUGAUUUUCAGUGGCCAAGCCUGGCUAAAUACGAGAGAAAGGAAUCUGAAACGUAAUUGAUACAUGCCCUGUGUUUUAGAUAGAGUUCUGUUCUAAGCAGGUUAGCUAGCAGUGGGUGCCAUUGGGAAGAGUCAGCUGUUCUGUGUGAGUGAGACUGCUUAUUUUGCAGACAGGACAUUCACAGCAC